UGAAGGCAUCGUCAGCUCCAGCGUUGCUGUUGCGCCGCUCUGUGUACAGUUACGGUAACGCUGGUGCUGAUGAGAGGAGGCUGCUGCUGCUGCCAUUUCAUCAUUACAUCAUGACGGAAACAUUUUCCUCCUGAUCGUUAAUGGAGCCUCGUCCGUCUGUUCACACCGACCACGACGUUCGACUUCGGGCACGACGUAUGAUACUACAGUAGCUGUGACGUCAUCGACCACCUCUCCCCCGCAAGCAACACAACCACCGCUAAACUGGAGAACUGUUUCUUACAACAUCCGUCCAAACAUGGGGUUUCUCUGCUGAUCGGGUGAUUUUUUUUAAGAACUCUUCUCCUCCGACAUGGAAACCAUAUGGCUCUAUCAGUUUCGUCUGAUCGUCAUCGGGGAUUCCACCGUGGGGAAGUCCUGUCUGAUCCGUAGGUUCACGGAGGGACGCUUCGCCCAGGUCUCAGACCCCACCGUGGGGGUGGACUUCUUCUCUCGCCUGGUGGAGAUCGAACCAGGGAAAAGGAUCAAACUGCAGAUCUGGGACACGGCCGGACAGGAGAGGUUCAGAUCCAUCACCAGGGCUUACUACCGCAACUCAGUGGGGGGGCUUUUACUCUUUGACAUCACAAACCACAGAUCCUUCCAGAACGUCUACGACUGGCUGGAGGAGGCCAGGAGCCACGUGCAGCCGCACAGCAUCGUCUUCCUGCUGGUGGGUCACAAGUGCGACCUGGAGGCUCAGCGUCAGGUGACGCAGCAGGAGGCGGAGAAGCUGGCGGGAGCCUACGGUAUGAAGUAUGUGGAGACGUCAGCGCGAGACGCCAUCAACGUGGAAAAGGCCUUCGUGGACCUGACGAGGGAGAUCUUUGACCUGGUGCGGAGCGGAGACAUCAAGAUCCAGGACGGUUGGGAGGGCGUGAAGAGCGGCUUCGUCCCAAACAUCGUCCACUCCUCUGAGGAAGUCACCAAAGGUGGACGGCAGUGUUACUGCUGACGCAGCGGUGACUGCCAAAAGUGCACGGAACUUUUCUGUUCUGUGAAAAGCGCUGGUACUUUAUAGACACUCUUUUCCUGAUUAUGGCUCGGUUCCACACUGUGGACAGACGAGCACCAGACCGAAGAGCGCACGUCCACGUGGACAAGACUGUGACGAACUUCCGCAUCAGAUCGUCUCCGCGUCGGCCAAUCAAACUCCGGAGUGGAUCAGAUUACAGAUUGUACUGCACUAAUAAUCCAUUAGUCAUAAAAUCCAAUCCAACUAAUAAACUGCUUUGCUCUUUCACGGCACAAUGAAGAUCACCAAAUAUUUAACCAAAGUAACAAACACGGUCGUAUUUGUUUGAAGUUGGAUUGCACAGAAAAAAAAACAUGUUUAAAAACAUGUAUGCAAAAAAAAAAAAAAAAAAA